AUGGCGGCCUUUGCGAUUCUUUUCUUCCCGUAUUUGUGGUCGCUCGUGGUGUCCCAGGACCUUGAUGAUCCGAAAAAAGCGUGGAUAAAGAUUCAAAAGACACGACACCAACCUUUUGUCUUCCAUGUCGUGGGCCCUUGUGAUUUCUUGUCUCCACGUCAAUACAAGGAUGCCUGCGCGGCAGACCAGUAUGGUUUCAAGGGUGGUUCCAACUGUGUCUCCAACGAUGUGGCCUCCAUAGUCCAACUCAAUGUUGGCCAGUCCUCCAGCAUCACCCUGACGAAUCCCUAUGAAGUGGCAGCAACAGGCCAAAGUUGCGAUGAUCACUGUGGCCAGCGCAGCUGUGAUGUGGGCAAGAUCCGGGACGUUACUGCCACUGACCUGAAUGACCUGGCUGUGCAAGAGUUCGGAGUGGCAUGUAGUCCGCCGAUGACAGUGUACUCAACAUUGCCGAGCAGCCCUUCAAUGGUGUACUUUGCUCCUAGUUCCACCAGCCCUUCACAAGUUAUUUGCUUUCGUAACUCCGCAGCUUCAUCAGCUUGCGAAGCAGACCCUGCUCCAGACCCUUCUUUGCCGGGUUUACUCCCACAACGAGUCUGUUACUGCAUGGAUUCUGGAGGAGGUGUGGGUGAUCCCCACAUCCGCAGCUUGCGGGGAGCCCACUACACCUUGCUGCAGCAAGGUGUUUUCAUCGCCUGGAACUUCUCCAAGGCUGUGCCGGCCUCAGCUCUCCCAGUUGCAGCUCCAGCUCGUGGGUGGCAGCUCCUGGCCGCCUAUGCAGGCGAUCACUUCACCACGCAAGGCCUGCUACUCCUGGACCGCUCCGGGCAGUCCAUGGAGAUCACCGCAGAAGACUGCUCGUGGCAUGUCAAGGAGAAGAAAUCCCCAUGGCGCAAGGCGCAGGUGGAGUUGCUAUCGGCAGAUGGGACGACCAGCCUCCAAGUGAAGAAGCUACACGAGAAACUCGGCGAAACCAAGAUGUUGAGGUCUGCGAUCCUCUUGAAGAUGAUGGAGUCAGGGUCAGACAUGAAGAAGAUCGCGAACCUUGUGGUCCAUUGCAGGCCAAACGAUCACCUGGACUUCAAGAUAGUCAUGUUCCAGAAGAGCGACAUCAACCAUGUAGGUGGCGAACUUGGAGUGGCUCCAGACGCAAACCACAGCUACCACUUCUUGUUCAGCAAGCAAGGCAUGAUGCGAAUGAGGGCAGACCAAGAGUUUAAGGCGCUGCCACCUUGUUUUGAGGCACCUGGAUCGUGGGUGACCUUGGGUGGCAGCCCAGCUGGCUCCGCAUACUUGGAGACGAAACACCAAGCACGGACAAGUUUGCUGGAGACACAGAGCUGCGGUGACGCUCAGAAGGAGAGUGCCAGAGCCAUUUGCGCCAAGCAUCUCCAGGAAACACGUCACCCACAGAUAUUCGCAGAUUGUGAGUACGACUUAUGCCAUGGAGGUGAUGAAUCUUUCGCCCAAAGUGCGGCAGCAUUCCUUUCGCCGCUUGAGGAAUCCAGCGCGUGA